UCGUUCUUUCCUAAUUUUCCCUAAUUGUUAAACCUUAUUCUUGAUCUAGUAUCUGCAGUUGAGCCGGUUUCUAUCGGCUGGUUUUCGUCCCUUGAUAGUGUUACAGCUUUUCUGUUGCUCAAUGCACAUGAAAUUUAUUUUGUCUGCACUUUGUUUCAUAUCUUUAACGUAUAUAAUCACGCGAUUCAUCAUUCUAAGCCAAUUUGUUUUGAGCUCGAACCUGUUGAUUUAUUAUGGCAUCAGAGCCCGCGAUUCGUAAGUCACUUAGGCUCAAGAGUUUCCUGUGACACGGCUGUUAUCAAUUGAUGAAUUAUAUUCUUAAUAAAUAUGAUAAUUGAACACGUUUCUCCGAACCCAAUUGGUUUUAAGUUGAAACCUUGGCGACUUAGUGACUGUAAUUGGUAGGCUGCUUUUGGUGAGUAUGUGAUUAGGCUGGUUAAACAAUAUUGAUGUGAUAGUUCAGGAGGCAAAUUCUCAAACCAAAAAUGGAGAAAUUUGUGAUGGUAUUUGUUUUGCAUUGUAUUGGGGUGUAAUUUAUGAUGUAGUUUGGGAUUUCUUGAUUCUGGAGUAUUUCCUUGGUCAUUGUGGUGAUUGUGCUACUACUGAUAUUGGUUGAUGGAAGGGAACCAGGUGGUGUUUGCUUGUGCAUAGAGCUAUCUAAGAUUUGCAAGUUAAGGUUUUUAGGUCGUGAACCUUGUAUAGGCUAUAUUAAUAAACGGGAUUCCAGGGUCUACCAUAAACGUUUGUGCAAAUAUUGGCUGAUGGAUAUAUGGCAUAAACAUAAACAUCAUCAUCGAGGAAAGGAACAGCUGAACUAUGAUUGAACAGGACGAGUAUCGUUGUUUUAUUGGGAAUCUUUCAUGGUCAACAUCUGACAGAGACUUGAAAGAAGCCUUUAAAAAAUUUGACCAUCUUGUAGAUGCAAAGGUUGUGGUUGACAGAUCAUCUGGGCGAUCACGUGGGUUCGGGUUUGUUACUUUUGAUGAUGAAAAAGCUAUGGAAGAUGCAAUUGAAGCAAUGAAUGGGAUAGAUUUAGAUGGACGUCCUAUCUCAGUAGAUAAAGCUCAACCAAAUCAAGGAGGUGGCAGAGACCGUGACAGCGGGCGGGACAGGGAUAGGGACAGAGACAGGGGUAGGGAUCGGGGUCGAGACCGUGAUUACGGAGGUGGUGGGAGAGGAUCAGGUGGUGGUGGUGGUGGUGAUUGCUUCAAAUGUGGGAAGCCUGGCCAUUUUGCUCGAGAAUGCCCAUCUGGAGAGGGAUCAAGAGGAGGGAGCAGGUAUGGUGGCAGAGAUGACAGAUACGGCAGUCGCCAUGGUCCGGAUCGCAGUGGCGAUCGCUCAAGUGGACGGAACAGGGAGUCUGGCAGUCGUGGAGGCUCAGGAAGCGAUAGACAUAAUCGUGAUCGUUCUGGUCCCUAUGAACGCCCUUGAUGCUUGUGAGGAUCUAGGUACACGAGGAUUGUAUCACUACAUGCCGAAUCUGCAGGAUUUUACGGGAUCACACUUUCUCCCAUUUUGAAUUGCAUCAAACUGGCAACUGCCAUAUCUUCUUUUUCCCUGAUUUUAGUAUCCAUUUCUGUUUUGAACAAAUUUUCAUCGAGUGUUGAAUGGAUCUUUUUUAGCGUAUUAAAGAUGUAAUUGCUGCUUGAAUUUGAGAAUGGUUCUUCAGUUUUCGGUU